CUCGCGGAACAACGAAGCGUGUGGAUCCAAUGAGAUCACGCCGCGUCCAGGGCCCGGUGGCUGUAACGGGCUGGUGACUGCUGUAUCACUGAUAUCAAGGCAACACUGUGCAGCGUGACUAUAAAACAACGCGGUGGCGGCUGCCGCAUGGGUUUAGCUCAAUCGGCAUUUAUCUGAUAUUUACCAGGGAGCAGUAUUCAGUCUGAGAAGUGCAUAAAGAGCUGCUGGUCUUGUUUAUCAGCUUCACCUGCACCAAACAUUCAGUUCUGAUAGAAAAACUUCUAACAUUCAAGGUUACAAUGAGGGAAAAGCUGCCGUUAUUGGCGUUGUUCUGCCUCGUCUUAGCACUCUUUCCUUCUCCAACAGCUUCGGUCGCUGUGAUGUCUGUAGACCUGGGAAGUGAGUGGAUGAAAGUAGCUAUAGUUAAGCCUGGUGUGCCGAUGGAAAUCGUUCUGAACAAGGAGUCCAGAAGGAAAACUCCAGUGGCUGUAUGCUUAAAAGAAAACGAAAGACUCUUUGGGGAUGGUGCUAUGGGAGUGUCUGUGAAAAAUCCCAAAGUGGUAUACAGAUAUCUCCAGAGUCUUUUGGGAAAGACUGCUGAUAACUUCCAGGUUGAACAGUAUCAGAAACACUUUCCUGAGCACCAGAUACUCCAAGAUGAAAAGAGGGGAACGGUGUAUUUUAAAUACUCUGAGGAGGUGCAGUAUACACCAGAGGAGCUCUUGGGCAUGGUACUAAACUACUCUCGUGGCCUGGCUGAGGACUUUGCAGAACAAACCGUUAAAGACAUAGUUAUCACUGUUCCAGCCUUUUUUAACCAGGCAGAACGUAGAGCAGUCCUGCAGGCUGCUCAGAUGGCAGGUUUGAAGGUCCUUCAACUCAUCAACGACAAUACAGCUGUGGCUUUGAACUAUGGACUCUUCAGGAGGAAAGACAUCAACUCAACUGCUCAGAAUGUGAUGUUUUAUGACAUGGGAUCAGGCAGUACAACGGCCACGAUAGUCACUUACCAGACAGUAAAGACCAAAGAGGCAGGCACACAGCCUCAGCUGCAAAUCCGUGGAGUCGGCUUUGAUAGGACUCUUGGGGGUUUUGAAAUGGAGCUGAGACUGAGGGAUCACCUAGCCAAAGUCUUCAACGGGCAAAAGAAAUCAAAGAAAGAUGUAAAGGAGAACGCACGUGCCAUGGCCAAACUGCUGAAGGAGGCGCAAAGAGUUAAGACAGUGCUGAGUGCAAAUGCUGAACAUGUAGCUCAGAUUGAAGGGCUGAUGGAUGAUAUCGACUUUAAGGCAAAGGUGACCCGUGCGGAGUUUGAGGCUCUGUGUUCUGAUCUGUUUGACAGAGUGUCAGUACCAGUACAGCAGGCACUUGCUGCUUCUGAGAUGUCUUUGGAUGAGAUUGACCAAGUCAUUUUGGUUGGAGGAGCUACUCGCGUUCCUAGAGUGCAGGAAGUGCUUCUUGCAGCAACAAAAAAAGAUGAGCUGGGGAAGAACAUAAAUGCUGAUGAGGCAGCAGCGAUGGGUGCGGUGUACCAGGCUGCAGCUCUGAGUAAAGCGUUUAAGGUCAAGCCCUUCCUGGUCCGAGACGCAGCAGUCUUUCCAAUACAGGUGGAAUUUAGCCGUGAGACUGAUGAAGAGGAAGGCGCCAAGGGAAUCAAACACAACAAGCGCAUUCUGUUUCAGAGGAUGGCGCCAUAUCCCCAGCGCAAAGUCAUCACCUUCAAUCGUUACACUGAUGAUUUCAUUUUCAACAUCAACUACGGAGACCUCAGCUUCCUCAGCCAAGAUGAUCAGAAGAUGUUUGGCUCGGUGAACCUGACCACAGUGAAGCUGUCUGGAGUUGGGGACAGCUUUAAGAAGCACUCUGAUGCGGAGUCCAAAGGCAUCAAGGCCCAUUUCAACAUGGAUGAGAGUGGUUUACUCAUUUUAGACAGGGUGGAAUCAGUGUUUGAGACUGUUGUAGAGGAGAAAGAGGAAGAAUCAACUCUCACGAAACUGGGGAACACAAUUUCCAGCCUGUUUGGAGGUGGGAGCACAGAACCCACUGCUAAUGUGACAGAACCAGUACAGGAUGAAGAGGAGGUUCCUUCUGAAGCUGGAAAAGACCAAGAAGAGGCAGUGGAGAAGACCAAGGCUGCCCAAGAGCAAUCUGAGCCAGAGGAGAAAAGCCAAGGAGAGAAAAGCAAAGAGCCUCCGACUGAGGAGGAGAAAGCUGAUAAGGGCGCUGAUAAAGAGGAGCCUCCUGCGGAUAAGGAGGCUGAGGCGUCCGAGAAACCUGAUGAUGGGAAAGCAGUUGAAGCAAAGGAGGAAGAUAAGGAGGCAGAGAAGAAACCUAAAGCUCAGAAAAAGAGCAAAAUCUCUGUAGAUAUUGGAGUGGAGCUGGAGGUUAAUGAUGUGCUUAAUCCCAGCCCAGAAGAGAUUGAUGUCUCGAAAAAGAAGCUGCAGGAUCUCACCAACAGAGAUCUGGAAAAACAGGAGAGGGAGAAGGCUCUAAACAGCCUGGAGGCGUUCGUCUUUGAGACACAGGAUAAACUGUACCAGGAUGAGUACCAGGCUGUGGUUACUGAAGAGGAGAAGGAAGCCAUCUCCAGUAAGCUCAGUGAGGCUUCAGCAUGGUUGGAUGAUGAGGGCUAUUCAGCAGGAACCAAGGAGCUGAAGGAGAAGCUGAGCGAGCUGAAGAAGCUGUGCAAAGCUAUGUUCUUUCGAGUGGAUGAGAGGAAGAAAUGGCCAGACAGACUAGCAGCCCUUGACAGCAUGCUCAAUCACUCUGCCAUGUUCUUGAAGGGUGCUAAAUUGAUUUCAGAAGAUGACCAGAUUUUCACUGAAGUUGAGCUGAAGACCUUGGAGAAAGUUAUAAAUGAGACUAUGACCUGGAAGAAUGAAACUGUGGCUGAGCAGGAGAAACGCUCUCCUACAGAGAAACCUGUGUUGUUAUCUAAAGACAUUGAGGCCAAACUCUCCCUCUUGGAUAGAGAGGUCAGCUAUCUGCUCAACAAAGCCAAGUUUGCCAAGCCAAAGCCCAAACCUAAAGACAAGAACUCCACCAGCACUGAGAAUGGCAAAACGAAUAGUACAAACUCGGAGCAAGUUAUUCCUCCCAAAGAUGAAUCCAAUGGAGCUGAGGAGGUGAAACCAGUAGAGGAACCUCCCACCAAGGAGAAUAAAAAGGAGACUGAGACAGAGCCAGAAAUAGUAGAAAAAACAGAAGACAAAGAAACAGGGGACAGUGAUUCACAAAACCAUAUAGGAGAUGAAUUAUAACUACUGGAACAUUCUCGUUUUUGUGUUGUAUUUAUUGACUGUAAUAGGGUUCCCCCCCCCCCCCCCCCCCCAUCUUUUUUACAUCUGUUCUCCUCGCACCACAAGAAGACAUUUUGGAGCAUGGCAGCAUUUUCAUAUAGUAGCUUUCCAUUUAUUAAUUGUGAUCUAUUGAAACUGAAUACAUUUCAGCUUGAAGGUCUUUGGGCAACUGCAGUGAGUGUUGAUCCUGUCUGCCUGUACGGAAUGUACACGUUGCAGCAUUUCCCUCAUUCUGUGUGCACUUGUUGGGAUUAUAAAUGCACAAAAUGAGCUCACUCCAUGUAAAGUUCACUAUGGCUUCAUGAAUAUUUUAACAUUUUUGUGCUGGAGUCUAGACUUUAACCUAAAAUUCUAGACUCGUAUGAGAAGAGAUGCAGGAUGAAUUUGGAUAUGACCUUAAUUUCUUUCCACGCCAGUUUGUCAUCUACAAUGCAAUUUCUAGUAAUUUGCAUAACCAGAGAUGAUGAUGAUGAUGAUUUGAAAAUGUAAGACUUUUAAAGAAAACUCCUUUCCUGGGCUGCUUUUUUGUUUCAGUGUAUGGGUCUAGAAAUGCAGAAUUCUUUCAGUGGAAUACAAUAAGCAAAAAAAAAAAAAAGUGAAAUGUGCUCCUUUUUCUAAAUUAAAUGUGUAUGGAUCAUGUGGUUUCAGUAUUCAUUCCCAUUAUGUCACUGUACUUGCAUUAUACACUGACCACUUUAUUAGGAACCCCUGUUAAUUCAUGUAAUUAUCCAGCUGACCAAUCAUGUGGCAGCAGUGCGGUGUUUAAAAUCCUGGAAAUACAGGUCAAGUGCUUCAGUUCAUGUUCACAUGAAACAAAAUGGCUGGUGCCAGAUGGGUUGGUUAGAGUAUUUCCAUCUCCUGGGAUUUUCAUGCACAAUAUUCUCUAGAGUUUACACAGAAUGGUGUUUACGUUUGACAUGUUGCUGAUUUGAGAUGCUUCUUGUAAGCUUGAAUGCCAGUCUGGCCAUUUGCUGCUGAAAACUUCUGCUUGCAGUGCUACCACUCAUUGAAUGGUUGGUUGCCCUUCCCCCUCGCCCAGUGUUUUGAGGUGAAUAUUUUAUUUAACUGAAGCUCUUGACCUGCAGCUGCAUGAUUUUUAUGCAUUGUGCUGCUGCCACAUAAUGGGCUGAUUUUUGGAUAAUUGCACGAAUGAGCAAUGUAGAGGUGUUUCUUAUAUAGUGGACAGCAAGUGUAGGCUAACACCACUGAGGCAUACACCACCAUUAGCUUUCCCCCUUUCUUUUGCUGAUCAUGUCCACACUCUUGCAUUACCAGUGAUGGUGAAUUUCUAAGGACUCAUUUGACUGCACUGACGUUAAAGUUAGGUUUUGUUUUUCCCCUCAUGAGAGCUUUUUCUAUUCUAAGAAAGUAACAAUGCAGAUUCUUUAUUCUUCCUUUGUCUGUUCCCUUCUCUUCAUGCUUCUGUUUUUUUUUUGUUUUUUCGUUUCUGGUCUGUUGAGGGAAGAGUCCAUGUCUGGGGGGGAAAGGGAUAUUUUGUUUCUAAGCUGUUAAUAAAAUCCUUUUUAAAUCUCAA